GGCAGAAAGACCAAAAUUGAUGAAACACUCAAAACAAGUCUAUCCAUCUGGCCUCGAACACGCCUCGCUAGGAUAACAAAAUCAAAACUGCGAAACCACUCGACACAAACAACAAACAAACCAAGAAGAAGAAGAAGAAGAUGGGUCGUCCAGUUCUCUCCCACUUCCUCACUCUCUCACACUCCUAUCCACGCUUUACUCCAUCACUAGUGCGUGGUCACUUCCCAGUGAAGUACAUGAAAACAACUGGUUUUGUCAGUCCUUCUCGGCGCCCCAUUCGUUUCCGUUGCUUUUGUAGUGUCUCGGUCUCUGACUCUGAACCCCUUGUGCCACAAAGUCCUCCCACCACUGUGAAGAAGAGAAUAGUGUCUGGAGUUCAACCAACUGGAUCUAUUCACCUUGGAAAUUAUCUUGGUGCUAUAAAGAAUUGGAUUUCACUUCAGAAUUCAUAUGAUACUCUCUUCUUUAUUGUGGACCUCCAUGCGAUUACAUUACCAUAUGAUGCACAGCAACUAUCAAAGGCAACAAGGGAUACUGCAGCCAUUUAUUUGGCAUGUGGAGUGGACACUUCGAAGGCUUCUGUUUUUGUGCAGUCUCAUGUUCGUGCACAUGUAGAACUAAUGUGGUUACUGAGUUCUGCAACACCCAUUGGUUGGCUCAACAGAAUGAUUCAAUUUAAAGAGAAAUCCCGCAAGGCGGGGGAUGAAAAUGUUGCUGUUGCUCUUUUGACUUAUCCUGUUCUGAUGGCUUCUGAUAUUCUUUUAUAUCAGUCUGACUUUGUCCCUGUCGGUGAGGAUCAGAAGCAGCACCUGGAGUUAACUCGUGAACUGGCUGAGCGUGUUAAUUUUUUAUAUGGAGGAAGGAAGUGGAAGAAAUUGGGUGGGCGAGGUGGCACUAUCUUUAAGGUUCCUGAGCCCCUUAUACCACCAGCUGGAGCCCGAGUUAUGUCCCUCACUGAUGGCCUUUCCAAGAUGUCCAAGUCUGCACCUUCUGAUCAAUCUCGAAUCAAUCUUCUUGAUUCAAAAGAUGUAAUAGCAAACAAGAUAAAGCGUUGCAAAACCGACUCAUUUAUUGGCUUGGAAUUCGACAAUCCUGAAAGACCUGAAUCCAACAAUCUUCUUUCCAUAUAUCAGCUCUUGUCAGGGAAGACAAAAGAGGAAGUUGCACAGGAAUGCGAAAAUAUGAACUGGGGUACAUUUAAAAUCCUUUUAACAGACGCCUUGAUUGAUCAUCUGCAACCUAUCCAGGUCCGCUACGAGGAAAUCAUGUCUGAUUCAGCUUAUUUGGAUAGAGUCUUGGCAGAAGGUGCUACAAAAGCUGCAGAUAUAGCAGAUGCUACUCUAAAUAAUGUCUACCAGGCAAUGGGAUUCUUGCGGAGAUGAGCAGAAUUGAUGCUGCAGGAAGAAUUCAUGCUAAAAGCUGAGUAAGACAGCACCUAAAUUUAAGUUUUGGGCGGCAUGUCGUUGCCCACAAAUUUUUGAAGUAUAUCUAUUAGCAUAUUCUUUACGAGUGAAAAAGAAAAUUUUACCUGAAGGCUCCACAAAUUUUCAUGAAGUUAUCUCUACCUUGUCUUGUCCUGAUUUUCAUAAAGUAUAUACAUAUAGCUUUAAAGAACCAGGUAAUUUUUAGAUUUCAUUUAAUCUUAUUCUUUAGAAAUUUGAACCACCAUUUGUUAUGUAAUAGAAAUUGACCACAUUAUAAGAACUAAUUGUGUUCUCACAUUUGUCAUAUAGUAUUUAUUCAGUCAGCCUGACUAGAACUAAUAUAAUGUUGUUUUGUCUCUCCACUAAAUUGAUGUAAUAUAAGGCAGUUGCACUGAAUUCAUGUUA